AUGGAGGUACCAAGGCAAACGAUAAGCAAUCACCUAGCUGCUUCGUCUAUUUCCUGGGCAUAUCUGGAGGCACGACUCUUUCAUCGGGUCUGUCAAGACGAACUGGUUUUGUUCAACCGAAGCCUUGAAGUUCUAGGCUCGGCCAACUGUACCCUCCCAACCGUGGCCUAUUGCCGCGCCGUAAAUCGGCUUCUCGGACGGGCGAAUAAUCUAGAACUGGACACAAAUCAGGGCAUGGUGACUGAAAUCUGGCCCAAUAACCGACCAUCAAUCGAUAGGAUAGAAUCUGUUUGUAUGCCUCUCGUCUUCCUCUCCCCCAGCCUGGCCAGAAGGCAUACUCACACAUGA